AUGCCCGGGGAACUGGCAACGCCACGCGUCCGUCAGGCGACCAAAGCAGCGCUGGGUGGAGUGCGGACCCCCGCACUGCUCACCAGUGCGGUCGCCGGUACGGAGAACGUAAGAGCAGGGACCAAAACCCCCACCGCGCUGGCGUGCAGUGUACCACUCACGAAGCUGCUGAGGGGACAAGGUCACACCACUCCGCUGCUGCUGCUGGCGCUGACCACCACCGGCGCCACUCCUCGACGCAGAGUCGCGACUCGCUCCACCACCGCCGCCUCCGCCGCCCGCCGCCUCCGCCGCCUCCUCCACCUCCGCCUCCUCCACUACCUCCGCCGCCUCCGCUACCUCCGCCGCCUCCGCUCCCUCCGCCACCUCCACCGCCUCCGCCGCCUCCACUACUGCCGCCGCCGCCGCCACCCCCAGCACCACUCCCACCAACACCCCCACUCCCUCCACCGCCUCCACCACCACCUCCACCGCCCCCUCCACCUCCUCCAGUGCCCUUGCCCCCCUUGCCCUUGCCGGUGCGGCGUCCUCCCGCUCGGGGCAGACGCAGCGCCGACCGACUCGAAACCAACGAGGUGGAGCAAUCGGGCUGCUCGGCGGCUCGGCUGUCGGGCGACUCGGCUGCAGGGCGGCUCGGCUGCUGGGCAGCUCGGCUGCUGGGCGGCUCGCCUGCUGGUGCGGGGGCGGCUGGGCUGCUGGGCGGCUCGGCUGCACGGUGCUGGGCGGCUCGGCUGUCGGGCGGCUCGGCUGCUGGGCGGGCUCGGGAGGUCGGGCGGCUCAGGUGGCCGGCGGUUCGGCUGCUCGGCGUUGCGGGCGCUGGGAGGCGGGGUCGCAGGUGGUGGCGAGGUCGCAGGUGGCGGCGGGCCGCAAGGGGUGGGCGGGGCCGCGGUGGCGACGGGGCCGAAAUGGGCUAAGUGGGGCCGUAGAGGGGCCGAUGGGGCCGAAGUGGGGCCGUAG